AUGGAUGUCUUAGAUAAUAUCUUACAGGUUGGUGCUACUACCAAGAAACAACUAGACCAAGGAAUACCUGAAGAUGAACAAACUCGAGCUACUAAUAUAGGCUCUUCAGACAUUUUCGAAACGUUUAUUUCCGAAUGUCACAUUCCAGAAUAUCAGGCGAAUACUAACCUGUGGAAUGAAUUGGAAUCCUUAAAGAAGAAAAGACAAACCAUUUCACACACUUUAAAUGAUGUAGUUCCGCCAUUACGUGAUUAUAUGACUAAUUUUAAGACACAAUUAUCAGAUUUUACAAGAGAUUUAAGCUUUAUUAGAGAAAAAUCGUCCGAAUUGGAACAUUUAUUAGAGUACAAUGCUACCAAGUUAUCGGCUAUUAGCCCGCUUGUUAAUGACUUGAUUAUACCAACUAAUAUAAUUAAAGAUAUCCUUCAUGGUAAGAUAGAUGAAUCUUGGCAAGAGAACAUCGCUUUUAUUAGAGAUAAGCAACAGAUCUACGCCAAGUAUAACUGCACAUCAACGACAGGAACAGAAAAUGACAGACGAACUUCAACGUUAACACCUCCAAAGGAUUUUCAAACAAUGUGUGAAAUCUUAGAAUGUUUAAAAGAGGUAAUAUUGGAAAGAUCUAAAAAAUUCAUAGUUUUCAAUAUUAAGUCAUUGAGAAGUCAUCAACCAACUCCAUCACAACAAAUUCAAAAUAAAUUAUUGAAAUUCAAUGAUGGUUUCCAAUUCAUCGUAGACAAUAACUAUUCCCUAGCUUUAGAAUUGAGACAAGCCUAUUCAUAUACAAUGAGAUGGUACUAUAAAGAAUAUUUUGCUCGUUAUAUUAGAUCUUUAACCAUCUUACAAUUUAAACAAAUCGACUCGCAAUAUUCUUUAGGUAAUGGGUUAGCUAACGUCUCCAUAAUAGAUCUAGCUAAUCAUACUACAAGCGCUAAUACAUCUCUACUGCCAACGUAUUUGUCACCCACGUAUCUUUAUGGCUCUACAGCAAUAACAGAUGCAGCAAUAUCUGAUUAUUUCCAGAUUAGGAAAAGAUUAUCCAUAUUAUCGAAGGAGGAUAAUACAGUAAUGGUUUCACAGAUUGCUGAAAAUAUCCACACUAAAGACACAUACAUAGAAACAGGGUUUAAGAAUCUAAAUUUAGCCAUAUUUGAUAAUUGUUCAGUGGAAUAUAAUUUCUUGAAGAAAUUCUUUAAAAUUAGUGAAAACGAAAAUGAACUUAACGGUAUCCUUGAACAAAUUUUCCAACCUACUUUAGAUUUAGCAAUGGAAUAUACAAUAAAUCAUUUACUCCAACAAUCUUAUGAUAUAUUCGGUGUAUUAAUCAGUAUACGUGUUGCAAAUCAAUUACAAUUUGAAGCCAAAAAAUAUAAGUUACCUGUUAUCACAAGCUAUUUAAAUGAUCAAUUGAUUUUACUUUGGCCCAAAUUUCAACAAUUGAUUGAUUCUCAAUGUGAGAAUUUGAGGAAAGUUUCAAUAACGAAAAAUUUAACUAGUAAAAAACAUAAUAGUAAUCUUUUAGCAAAACCACAUGAGUUAACCGUUCAAUUCGGGAAAUUCUUAUCAAGUUUAUUAUUGCUAGCGAAAAGAACCACUUAUAAAUCAGAGAAUGCUAGCGUCAAUUACAAUGAUAGUAAUAGUACUGCUACCGAUAUGAAUACCUCAAACGAUAAUAAUGAUAACGACGAUGACGAUGAUGCUGAUGAUGAUGAUGAUGAUAUGAUCACAGAUGAGCGUUCAGAACCGCUUUAUAAUUCCAUUAUAAGGAUAAGGAAUGACUUCGAAACUGUAAUGACUAAGUGUAGCAAAUCGACACAAUCACCCGAACGGUUCCUAUCGUUGAACUAUUUAUAUCUUUACAACAUUUUAUUGAAACAAAGGCUAGAAACACAACAUGAUGAAGAUGAUAUUAAUGAGAAAAAUGAGCAAGUAGAAAGUAUUGAUACCGAAAGUGAACGUAUGCCUGAUUUCGUUCCACUAAUUCUGAAGGAAACAGAGAAGCAUUUCAAGGCCUUAGUCGAGGCAUAUAGUAAGAUUACGUAA